UAGUGUCUGAAUGAAUGUGUAUACAGGGCAGAGCUUAGCAGCAAGAGCAGAAGCCGUGUGUGUGUGUUAAGCAAGUGUUUCAGUGAGCAGAGCAGCUUGCGGAGCACACAGGUAGCUCAGUUUGCUCUACAGCCAAAGUCUAAACUUCGCUGACAGAAGCGAGUAAGACUCACAGAAGGACAAAAAGAAACAACGAUAUACAGGAGGCAAGGGGUUCCAUGGAACAAGAGACAUGUGACUUUCUUCUCGCCAAGGAAUUUUGUGCUCUUUGGCUUCUGGAAAAAUUCUCCCCCUUGCGCUUGUCACCAGGGAAUCUACCUAAGGAUGCGGACGAGGACCAGCAAGUGCUAACAUGCAUUUGGGGGGCCUCUGUGCAGACUCACUACAAUGGACAAUCCUGAUCAGACAAGCAGUGACAUUCCAGCCCCCCAUGCGUACUGACUGUGAUGGCACAUAAUAGCAAUGUGACAUCAAAUGAGGGAUAUGGAGUGGCGGUGAGCAUUGUCCUAAUUUCAUUUAUCUCAGCAGUGAUUUUGAUGACCAUUUUGGGGAACCUGUUAGUGAUGGUGGCGGUAUGUCGUGAUAGACAGCUAAGGAAAAUCAAGACUAAUUAUUUUAUCGUAUCACUAGCGUUUGCUGAUCUGCUUGUAUCAGUUCUGGUAAUGCCUUUUGGAGCCAUAGAACUAGUACAGGAAAAGUGGAUAUAUGGGGAAAUGUUUUGCUUGGUGCGAACAUCACUCGACGUUCUCCUGACAACAGCAUCCAUCCUUCAUCUUUGUUGCAUAUCACUGGACAGAUACUACGCAAUCUGCUGCCAGCCGCUGGUUUACAGAAAUAAAAUGACCCCCCUCCGAAUAACCCUGAUGCUCAGCGGCUGCUGGAUUAUUCCAACUUUUAUAUCAUUCCUUCCAAUCAUGCAAGGUUGGAACAGCAUUGGCAUUUUAGACUUGAUAGAAACAAGAAAAUACAACAAAAGCUCCAAUUCUACAAACUGUAUAUUUAUGGUGAACAAGCCCUAUGCCAUUACAUGCUCUGUGGUGGCUUUUUACAUUCCUUUCCUCCUCAUGGUGCUUGCCUACUAUCGUAUCUAUAUCACUGCUAGAGAACAUGCCAGGCAGAUUGGAGUAUUGCAAAGAGCAGGAGCCCCGGUGGAUCAUCGACAUCAGCAUCCCGAUCAACAUAGCACCCACAGGAUGAAGACAGAAACCAAAGCUGCCAAGACCCUCUGCAUAAUUAUGGGCUGUUUCUGUCUUUGUUGGGCCCCAUUUUUUAUUACCAAUGUGGUUGAUCCUUUUAUAAACUAUUCUGUACCAGUGGAGCUGUGGACAGCUUUUCUCUGGUUAGGCUACAUCAAUUCAGGCUUGAACCCUUUCUUAUAUGCCUUUUUGAACAAGUCUUUCAGGCGUGCCUUCCUCAUCAUUUUGUGUUGUGGAGAUGAGAAGUAUCGAAGGCCUUCCAUCUUGGGGCAAACUGUCCCAUGUUCUAACACUACUAUCAAUGGGUCCACUCAUGUAUUAAGGUACACGGUGCUAUAUAAUGGACACCAACAGGAGCAUGACACACUACCCAUCCAUAUUGACCCAGAGUCACAGGAAUCCUGCUUCUAGUCAACAGCUGGAAUUAAAAUGCUACUACUCCUGAACACCAUAACGAAUACCCAUCUGGGAAAUUGCUAGAAGAUAUCUGUCACAUCAGAUCUGAAAAUAUUUUCCAUCAUCUGCAUGAAAACAUUUGGAGUGUACCACGUGUGAUUCCUGGCUGUAUCUCCAGCUUCUUCUCCCAGAAAAGUCUAAUGAUUCAGACAAGUUUAGUUACCAUGCCUGAAUUUCAUAAUGCACACACUGGCAAACUUUAGUUUUCAAAAUAAAUGCUGUUGGUAUUUAAAGAACACAAGACGAGGUGGCAUUGUAAAGUUACACAAAUGAAUGCAGGAAGAACAACCAAAGACAAGUUCAAAUGUAAAACAUUUUCUCUGCAGCAGUUUAGGAUGCUUACUUUAGGAAUACAAUGUUCUACAGUAGCACCUUCCCAGUGCCUAAAACUGAAGGGAGAUCAGGAAACUGGAUUGGUAGCUGGUCGUUCAGAGACCUGCAUGAACUGAAUGCACCUGUGGGUCCAUAACGGAUUGUACAUUUUCCAUGUAUUAUAGAAUAUAUCUGCAUGUAUUUAAGAUUGACUGUGUCUUUUUUUAAAGCUUGCUAUUGACUGAUUGAAGAGCAUUUCUCCAUCUGUCAACAUUUUAAUAAUUGCAUUUUUGGUGGUAUAUUUAUAUGCAGGUUCUUCCAGUAGAGUUGGUGUUAUUUUGUAUCAUCAAGGAACUACAUCCUUCUGAAAUGUAUUUAGGUCAAUCCAACUUCCACAAAUGUUGCUGCUAGUGCUACUGUAAAAUGAGAGGAUGGUUCCCUGUAAACUUGAUCAUCCCAGUAAGAAAGAGAUGGUUUUCCUUAGUCUUCAUCGCUGUGAUCUGCCAGCUAGUCUAAGUUGAAAUACAAGAUUAUAAAUUGAAUAAAAGUUUUGUCAUUGUUAAACUGUCAUGUAUAAGAAGUUGCAUAUUAUUUAUGAGAAUAUGGGCUUCUGAAUUUGUUUUAAGGCAAGAUAUGGCACACGGGUGAUUUUGGACCUUUGACUGGAACAAUUUUGAAAUAGCUCCAUCACCCCUACUAAUGUGGAAGUCACAAGAAAGGCUGACCCCUUAUCAGGUGCUGGCGCAGAUAAGCUUUCCAAGAGGAUUCCAUUCCCUAUGUUUCUUUAGUCUUUUAGGGCCAGAGCACACGCUGCUAUUAAGGGAACUGCAUUCCCGCCGGCUAGAAUGUAAAUCACCGACGGGAUAGCAGUCAUAUCAAUUCGGCUUUCUGAAGACACCCGAAAUUUCCUUGUGAGGCAACUUCGGUUGAUUUCGGAAAACGAAGCGCUCCGAGUGCCA